UCGCUCUAGCCGUAAUGCUUAUAGGCUCUGCUGCAGCUCUAGGGUCUGGACCUUACUUGCCCAGUGGCUGGAGACCUCGGGGACCCGCUUUCUUGUUGCCUUCCGAAGUUGAGGAGCCAGCAGUUCCUUUGAAGGACGUGCCUGUUCAAGAUGUAGAAGCAUCAGGAUCUGACUUUCUUCGCGAAUAUGGUCCGCCCAAGAUCAGCUCUCAGGAAAUCACACAACAAGCGUUACCUGAUGUUGAAACUGAACGAUCCUUUGCUCUUAUUGAAGCCAAGUUUGCUGAUGAAGCGGACGCUGUCACUGAGGAAGUUUCACUUAACACAGAAGAAAAAUUAUUAAUUCAAGUAGAGGUAGAGACUGCUACGGAAAGUGAUGUCAAUGAAGAAAAUGUCGUUGACACUGAAGAAAUUGUUCAAGGCCAUAAGGAAGAGUCCCAGAGAUCCUUUAAAGUAACUGAGGAAAUACAAGAAGACCAGGAAAAUGCUAAAGAGGACACGGAGAAUAAUAAUGAAGUAAGGACGAAGACCAGCGAAGUAACGCAGGAGAUCAAUCAGGUGACAGAGGACAAUAAUGAUGUAACAACGGAGAUCAGCGAAGUAACGCAGAUCAGCCAGGUGACCCAGAAUAACAAUGAAGCUACCAAGGACUCUAGCGAAGCUACCCCGAAGACCAGUCCAGUGACACAGGAAAACGGUGUAGUAAAAGUAACAGAAGGUAUUGUAGCUACUAAAAAUGAGAGAGUCGAAAAGAAAAUUGAAGAAUAUAUGAAAGCAGUGGAUGAAGGCGUUAAGAGCAUCACUGAAACACUCACGACAUUGGAAAAUGAGACUCUCCAAGAUGUGUCUCCUAAAAGCAUUGAAGCGACAAUCGGACCCAUUCGAGCGCCCGAAGGUUUCCUCGAAUAUGGGCCCCCUGGCUUUAAGGAGUACGGCCCACCGAAAGAAGAUCUUUUGAGAUCAGAAAAUAUCGUUGAGGAGAAAUCUUCAGCGGAUGCCACUCAAAUCAAAUCAAAUCAAAAAAAAAAUCAAAGUAAUGAAACCAGAAGGAGGCGGUUUUCACCUAAAUUCAAACAGAUCAUCCGAAGAAAAGCUCAAUAAAUUGAAGAUCAAAUCGACGACUGCAA